AUCAAAAUCACAUUUUUUUGCUCUCUUUUCAUUACUUUUCUCCAGCAUGAGCCGGAAGCGUGAGGCCCCGUACGAGAGCGACGCGUCCACGGAUCCACCCGACAGCAGCUCGGAGGGCGGAAAGGCCAUCGAGGGCGACAUGAAGCGGCUGCGUGUGGCCUACAAUUACGAUGGCGCUCACGGUGUGCGGUGGGCUGGCGAGGCUACGGCCAUGGACACGGAUAUGGAGACCCCGAGGGCCAGAUCGGUGCGCAGCGACUACGCCGAGGCCAACGCAAUGCUGAGGGAGUUCCACUACCUGCGUCAACUACGCAAGUUUCAGGCCGAGCGAGGCCGCGCCCGUGCUAACUACUUGGCCGCGUCCGCGAAGGAGCCAACGCCCGGAUAAGGCACAGACAGCUAGACUCAAGUGCAACGUUAUUAUUUUAAUUAAGAUGCCAACAAGACACGGCCAGCGUUUGGCCAGGUCGUGGCCAGCUCGUUUCUAUGGUGGCCGACACGUACGUCAACGUGGCCCCAGACACAAUGCAGUUAGGAGGUGACUAUAUUUGUUACGGCCCUGACUAGCAGGCCACGGAGACUCGUGCCAUCCUGACUAUAGGAUCGACAACUUACGCUAAAGCACACGAUCAAACCUAAGGCAGCUCAGACGUGGGCAGGUUGGCAGCGAACUCGCGCUCCUUCUCGAAAAGAGGCGACGACAGGUAGCGUUCACCGAAGCUGGGCAAGAUCGUCACGAUGAGCUUGUCCUUGUUCUCCGGGCGCUUGGCCAGCUCCAGACUGGCCACCACCGCGGCACCGGACGACGGACCAACGAGGAUUCCCUCCUCCAGAGCCAGGCGCUUGGCC